AUGUGGCCGUCGCGUAUGAAUAGUCUAGUGAUGAUGUGGAUAAUUGUAAGUGUUCAAUUAUUGCAACGCAGUAAUGGGGCCGCGGAGAUGGAUAAUGAAUUUGCAGAAUUUGAAGAUAUGGAAGUGGAAGAUAUGAGUGAUCAAGAAGUUACUUUGAAACCACAUAGCGAAACUAACAAACCCACUGGCGACAAGUCAGCAGCCACUGAUGAUAGUGAUGAUGACGAGUUUAUUGACGAAAAUGAGUUUUCGAAGCCUAUAAAGAAGAUUCAUCUGCAAAAGACUGAACCAGAAGCUUCGCCACAGCUCAGAUUUGCCGAUGUACCGGCUCAUUUUCGCUCGAAUUGGGCAUCUUAUCAGGUGGAAGCUUUAAUACUAGCAGUUCUAGCAGUUUAUAUGUUAAAUUACAUUUUCGGUCGUACCAAAAAUCGAAAUAUUGCGAACAAAUGGUUUAUGGAUGCAACUCCACUUCUGGAAGAACAAUUUACACUUGUAGGAGAUGAUGGAACAUCAGAGGGCUUAAGAGAAGGCCAUAUGCAUAAAGAAACUGAUUCUGUUUAUGCUAUUUGGUGCUCAGGUCGAGUUGGUUGUCAGGGAAUGUUAAUUACUUUGGAACUGCUGAAACGGCAGGACUUAAUCCAUGUUCUCAUCAAUCUUAUCCGUCCUAAGGAAGAUAAGGUUAUAAUACGUAUUGAUGUGGACAGCAACGAAAUGGAUUCAUUUGUGUUUGCUAUUGGACAGCGAAAAUCAGUGACCAAAGCAGCCAAAGAAAAGAUGGAUCUUAGUUUGUUUACAGUGGAAAGAAAGGGAGUUGAUAGGCUAGGACUUCCCUCCUCGAUUGUAGUUUAUGCGGAAAUGUUUGAAGCUGUUAAUGCAAUUAUCGACCCAGCGGUUUUAUCAGUGCUUCGAAAAUACGAAAGCUCAAUCGACUACCUUCAUUUUUCAGAUCAAUAUUCUGGUUAUAAACCUUCGGAUGGUGAAUCAUUUACACGGUUACCAGAAACGAGUCGAGUGCUGUUUUUCGCUUUCAAAAUGAGUGAUGACAUCGCCGAAAUUGAUGCGCUGUUGAGAAUGGUAUUUUACAGUUUUGAAAAAAUAAGGCGUUAUCGACUUUCAAGAGAAGGCAAACUGAAGGCAGAUAAAAAACGUCAAAGUGUGCAGGAAGUCUUCCUGAAAACAACACACCAAGCAAGACAAGAAGCGGCUCAAGCCCGUCGAGAGGAGAAAACAAGAGAACGCAAACAACGCCUUCUAGAAGAGGAGGAUCCCGAAAAACAACGAAGGCUUGAGAAACUAGAACAGAAACGUGAUAUGAAAAUGCGACAACCAAAAAUGAAACAAUUGAAAGUGAAAUGA